GAACGAGGCCAAGGCACAACUCGCUUUGGUACAAGCCAAGACCACGGCAGAACUGUCCCAGGCUAAGCAAGCGUCCAUGGAAAAGGACUUGCGACUCAGCGCUGCGGAGCAUGCGCUGGCGAAUCUAAAACAGGUGAAGAUAGAGUGGUGGGGUGUAGCUUCCAAAGUCGAGCUCGCUGGAAGCUUCAAUGGCUGGCAGCACUUUUUCGUGCUGGAGCCCGAUCUUUCGUCCGAGAUCGUCAAACCAGACGGAUCAAGAGGUCCGUUGUUGUGGGAGACCGAGCUAUGGCUCUAUCCUGGCGUGUACGAGAUGAAGUUCGUCGUAGAUGGCGAAUGGCAAAUAGAUCAUAGGCGAGAAGUAUCGAUGAAAAGCAUGAACCAAAACAAUAUCCUCCGCGUGGAGCUGUGAAACAUAGAAUGGAAUGGAAUAUUCGCCGGCAUUGACGCAGUCCGGCGGCAUUCACAUAUAAUGGGAAAAAACUAGGGCGGCUGUGAUUCAAUCGAUCGAUCGAUCGAGGAAGCGCGAGAGGGAAUGGCGGCGGGCGUGCAAGGGCAGCUCCUCGAUAUCAAUGUUCUAGGAUGCAGGAAUUUGAGAGACAAGGAAUGGCUGUCGAGGCAGGAUCCAUACGUUGUGAUCACUUAUGCCAGUAGCAAAUUGAGGACAAAGACCGACACAGAUGGAGGAAGAAAUCCGUCCUUCAACCAGAAGUUUGUGCUGCCUCUCAUCGAGGGGCUCCGUGAGAUAAACGCGGAGGUGUGGAACAGCAACACGCUUACAUUCGAUGACUUCAUUGGCUCUGGAAGGAUACUGCUGGACAAAGCUCUCACCACGGGCUAUGAUGAUUCAACGUGGAACCUGACAUCAAAGAGUGGAAGAUAUGCCGGAGAACUGCGGGUCAUUCUACACUUUACGAAAACGCCAAAACCAGUAGCUCCGAUGGUCUCGUCUCCAUAUGCAGCGCAGCUAUACUCCACGGCUCCACAGCCUUAUCCGUACGCUGCUCCACCACCAACAGCGGCCCCAUAUCCAGCUCCUGCGGCUCCAUAUUCGUCGCAAUCAUACUACAAUCCACCACCACAGCAACAGCAUCAGCAACCACAUAGUGGAGCGUAUUCCAGCUAUGGACCUGGACCUUAUUCGCCACAAACAUAUCCAUCUCCAGCUCCCCAGGCCGGCUAUUCAGCAGCUUAUUCUCAUCCUCCACCACCAUCUCCGUAUACGCAUCAGCAGCCACCUCCUUAUGUUCCUACAGCUCCAGCUUCGUAUGGGCCUCCUCCAACUUCGUCUGGCUAUCCUCCAGUAUAUCAAGAGUAUCCAUACCGGCCGUAUUGAAGCGUUUUUCUUCUUUUUUUUUGCUAGUGAUCAGUCACCUGUACAUAAGAUUUUCUCGUAGCUUUAGAGCCAAGCGAUGUAUUCUGACAAGAAUCUAGAAUAAUGGAAGUGGGCUUACUUUUUACUGGA